AUGACCGACUCCCCAACCCCAAAAACGCACAUCGCGCACACCCUCCUCUCACGCGCCUACUCCCCAGAUAGCACAACAGCCCAAUUCACCGAAAAAAUAAAACAAAAACCCCUCUACCUCCGCCCAACCGAAUCAACAGCAACCGACAACCGCAGCCGCCGCCGCCUCCACCGCCUCCGCAAGAAAGAAUACUUCCUCAAACACCAAAAGCCGCGCCCGCUAUCGGCGCGCGAGAAGCGCACAUCCGGCCUGCACGAUUUACCCAAAGAGGAAUGCAAGUAUGCGAUUUUCAAGGGUCUGCAUGAGCUGUGGGUGGGGUAUAUGCAUGAAAUCCUGGAUUUGAAGCCUGGUGCGCAUUCCGGGCCCGUUUCUGCUCUUGUGCAUGGCACUAUUCCGAAGGAGCAGACUAUUUUCCGAUUCACGGUUCCUCUGCCCAUAUCCUCCAAGGGCGAGCAGGAUCAGCAGAAAGAGUCCGGUGCUGGUGGUGCGAAGCCAUUGGUUUUUGAGUUGCACGGAAGUCAGUUUGAGAAUCGGCCGGUGGAUCGUGCUAAUAAGAAGUUCAAGUGGAGGAAUAUUGAUUAUCUUUGA